AUGGCAAAGAAGCCAAUUCUUCGCAAUCAGAGAAAACGAAUUAUCAUCGAUGACGAAGUCUCCUACCUUGUACCUGUCAAUUUUGGCAACGCAACACACGAACCAACUCUGUUUGAGUCAAUUAUGAGCGUGUUUCGGCAAACGGCUUUCAUCUGGAUUUUGGCAUUUUUCGUCGUUGUUGUCUUCUCGAUUUUCGGCAUUACUCUAAUCAAGAAUAUUUUUGUAUAA